AAAAAGGGUAAAUAAAAGCUCGGCUGCAGAACCUACUAACUCUCUAAACUAUUAAAUUUAUCUCUGCUUUCCCUCUGCACUAUAUUUGGUCUCAGCUGCAUAAACUAUUAAGUUUGUCCUUGCUUACCCUUUGAACAAUUUUCUAUCCUGUUGUGCCCCCUGCUGCACUACCAUCGUUCUCUAAUAAAACCAUUUAGACAAGUGGUAACUUAGUAUUGAAUUUGAUAGUUCAGGGUGUAAAAACGGAUAAAUUUUAUAGUUUAUGGGGGGAGGUGGGACCAAAAUAAUUCAAAAGAUAAGGAGGGAACAAAUUCAAUGGUUUAAAGGGCACGUAGGGACUAAAAAUAGUUACAAGCUAAAGAAGGGACUAUUAAUAGUUUAGAAGCCUAGAAGUUAAUAUUAGCAGACAGGGAUAAAUUGUCUAGGAGUUAUUCAGGUGCCCCAAAGUUCAGCGGGGUUUUGUGAAAUUUACCCCUAAUAUAAGACCCUGCUAGUUGUCCAUAGGUGAUAUUGUCAUGGCACCGCCAACUAUAAUCCUGCUAUCCCUGUGCCUAGCAAUCUCAUUGCCAGGCUCCCAACAGUCUCCUCCCGGGCCUGUAGUAAAAUGUAACUCCGGCAACACAACCUGUACUGUGACCAAUGCGUUUGGCACUUUCCCCGACCGAACCACCUGCCACGUGGCAGCCAUCGCCUACCCUACCAACGAGCAUGAGCUCCUCCUCACUGUCUCCGAUGCUUCUGCUAAGAAACAACACAUGAAAGUCGUCACCGCCUACUCCCACAGCAUCCCCAAGCUCUCGUGCCCUGGAGGGCCCAGCGGUGCUGGCCUCGUCAUCAGCACCGAGCAUCUGAACAAAGUGGUGAACGUUGAUACUGCAAAAAUGAGAAUGACUGUGGAGGCGGGGAUCAAGCUGAAGGAGCUUAUUGAUGCAGCAGCGAUGCAUGGGCUGGCACUGGAACAUUCUCCUUAUUGGCUUGGGGUGACCUUGGGAGGAUUGCUAGGUACCGGGGCCCAUGGGAGCUCGUUAGUUGGAAAGGGUGGGGCUGUGCAUGAGUAUGUUGUGGGGAUGAAACUGGUGGUCCCGAGUCGGAUUUUGGUUGAUGGGUACUAUGCAAGGGUUGUGAAAUUAGGGGAGGAUGAUGAUGACCUUUUGGCUGCUAAGGUUUCUCUCGGUGUGCUUGGCGUUAUAAGUCAGGUGACCCUCCAAUUGGAGCCAAUGUUCAAGCGCUCGAUCAGCUACCGGGUCACAGAAGACGCAGAUUUUGAGUACAGCAUAGCCUCGUAUGCUGAAACUACUUAUUAUGGUGAUAUUGGAUGGUAUCCCUCUCAAGGUAAGGUUGUGUAUCGUGAUGAUUUCAAGCUUCCAGUCUCAGCACCAGGCGAAGGCAUAAACGAUUUUGUAGCUUGUCAACCACAAACCCCAUCCUUGGCUAUAGCUGCCCGAUCUGCAGAAAACCAAUUGGAGGAAGAUGAACAUGCAAAGGGAAGAUGCUUAAGGGCAGAAGCAAAACUGAAAAAUCUUCUCACGACUGGUAUGGGAUUAAAGAGUAAAAACAACGGAGUCUUUAACUUCACAGGAUACCCUGUAACUGGAUACCAAAACGAUAUGCAAGCUUCAGGAUCAUGCUUGAAUAGCCCUGAAGACAACCUGGAAACAAUCUGCAUAUGGGAUCCUAGAAUUCCUGGAAUUCUCUACCAAGAAACUGCACUAAGCAUUCCUUUCUCUAACAUCACAAGCUUCAUCACGGAUGUAAAGAAGCUCCAUGAUAUCAACCCAGAAUCCCUCUGUGGACCUGAACUAUACUACGGAGGCAUACACCUGAGAUUCCUCAAGAGCUCCACAGCUUAUCUUGGUAAAGCCCACGACUCAGUUGAUAUAGACCUGACCUACUAUCGCCCUCGUGAUCCUAACCAGCCGAGAAUAUAUCAAGAUGCUAUCGAAGAGAUUGAGCAGAUGUUGGUGUUCAAAUACAAAGGGCUGCCUCAUUUUGGUAAGAAUAGGAAUGUUGGGUUCAUCGGAGUGAGGAACAAGUUGGGGGCACAGGGUAAUAAGUUUGUGAAUGUUAUGGAGAGGUAUGAUGAAGAGGGAAUGUUCUCUUCGGAGUGGACCGAUGGAGUUCUUGGAUUGAGAGAAAAGGAUGUGGUGAUAAUGAAGAAAGGUUGUGCACUUGAGGGGCUGUGUAUUUGUUUGAGUGAUGAACAUUGUGCUCCUGAUAAGGGUUACUACUGUCAGCCAGGGUUGGUGUAUGAGGAGGCUAGAGUUUGUAGGAAGGUGAGUAGGAUUGGCUGUGAAGAGAGAGAAGAGAUGCUUAGUUUAAAAUUGUAAUGACUAAUGUUGAUUAGGGAUUAGUCGGUGAGAUAUUCUGAAGAUUUAUAAUAAAAUUGAAGGAUUAUCAGAUAAAAGGAGAUCUAAUUUAAUCUAUA